ACCAAAGUGGAAAUCGCUCCAAGUUUACAAACUCUUCAACUGAUUCGGACCAGCAAACAAACUCCAGGUGUGAAAACGGCCUAAAACUCUGAUAGCGUUUUACUGGCUCAACUGUUCAGCAGAAGAAGAAAGAACAUGAGUUGCAAGAAUUCGUGGCUCCAUCGAUAUACUGCAUCAGCCUCAUAAGAGUCCAUUUUGACUGCUUGCACAAUCAACCUGAUAUGAAAGAUAAGAUGAAUUUGGACGAAUACUUCAGAAGAAUUGGUCUCCAUGGCUCAUAUGAUAAACCGGAUCUUGCAACACUGAAGUUGAUCCACAAGCAGCAUGUCAUGUCAGUUCCUUUCGAAAACCUCAGCAUUCACUGUGGUGAGACGAUCACCAUGGACCUUGAGGUCAUUUUCAACAAGAUAGUGAGGAGCAGACGUGGAGGUUGGUGCCUUGAGAACAACUUCCUGUUUGGCUGGGUGCUGAGAGAAAUGGGCUACGACACUACGAUGUUAGGCUCCAGAGUUUUCAUCAGCACCAGCAAUGAUACUUCUCCCUAUGAAUCUCAUCUCAUCCACAUGGUCGUCAUUGAUGGAAAGGCUUACAUAGCAGAUGUAAGCUUUGGGGUGUCUUCCCAAGUGUGGGAACCCCUGGAGCUCAUCUCUGGAAAGGACCAACCUCAGGCAGCAGGUGUCUUUCGUCUCAUAGAUAAGGGGGACAUCUGGGUGCUGGAGAAAACUGGUAGAAAGCCAGAGAUUCUUAAUCCAGACUUUGCUAAAUCAAGUCUUGUCAACAGUAAUAAAACAAAGCAGAUCUACUGCUUCACCUUAGUGCCCCGUGAGGCUGAUCAUUUUUUUGAGAAAAACCACUCACUCCAGACAGAUCCUACUUCAAUGUUCACCAAUAAAUCCAUCUGCUCUUUGCAAACACCAACAGGAUUUAGAGCCCUUAUUGGCUGGACCUACAGCGAGGUCACCUACAAACCUGAGCAAGAUGUUGAUGUCUAUGACAUGAGAAACAUAACAGAUGAUGAGAUAGAGCAAAUUCUGAGGGAAAAGUUUGAUGUAAAGCUGCAGAACAAACUGCAGCCUGUAAACAACAAAGCAUGGUACACACUUUGAAAUCCUACACGUUUCGUUUUUAAAUUGAACUGGAAUGAUCUCACAACCUGUGUUGAUUUCAUGACCAUGCAUGGUCAGCAGCUUGCCGGUGAAUAAUCUACUUGAAACGCUAACAAUACUUUACAUGUUUGGGUGGGCUUAUCAUGCAUAGCUUUUGACUGGUCUCUCACUGACAGAAAGUUUAGCCGUCUCUAUUAGAGGCGUUGUGUGAGACUCCUCUUCACUGUCCUGUGGUGUCCCACAGAGCUCUGUUUUGAGGCCCCUAGUUAUUCUCUUUAUGUUUAUUUAUAUAUUAUAUUAAUUUAGGAGUAAUACUUGAUCAAUCCUUGUU